AUGAGAAGAAUAAGAAACCCAAACACAUGUGCUAAUGUUACGAGCAUGCAGUAUGUAGUGGAUGUGAAUGAUACAAAAGCAACAAACAAAGUGCAACAGAACGUGAAAGAGCUUUUUAAUUUACAACAUAAUACUUAUUACUGUUUUCUGUCGAACUUCAUUUCAAACUCGGAAAGGAAAAUGAGAAAAAAAAGUGUUCAGAAAAAACGUAGUUCUGAAUUACUUUUUCUGUUAGAAAACGUUCAAAAUAUUAUAAAUUAUUUAAUUCGCCUUCAUCCCCCCGAAAACAUAAAAGUAGAAAGAGAUACUAUUCAGUGA